AUUUCAUAAAAAUUGUUGGGAAACAAAGUUGUUAAUUAUGACAGCUACGCCUCGAAGGAUGGUUUGAAUCCCCCCUCAGAGAAAAUGGUCAAGUCCCAGGAGUCAGGUCAGCUCUUGCACGGAAGGCCCGCCUCCUCCCCUAAGGUGAAGUGAAGAAGGCCGGAAGUCAAGGCUUAAGCGGUGACGUAGACCUCCGGUUCGGUGGGCUGACACGCGCGCAGGGCUGUCGCGAGGGCUCGGGGGUCGUUCUGGUGUGGUGGCCCGGCUCCUCAGCCCUCCAGAGUGCUAUGAGGUCGGUGAGUUAUGUGCAGCGCGUGGCGCUGGACUUCAGCGGGAGUCUCUUCCCACACGCCAUCUGCCUCGGAGACGUGGACAACGACGCGUUAAAUGAGCUAGUAGUGGGAGACACCAGCGGAAAACUGUCUGUGUAUAAGAAUGACGACAGCCGGCCAUGGCUUACCUGUACAUGCCAGGGAAUGUUGACGUGCGUUGGGGUCGGAGAUGUCUGUAACAAAGGGAAGAACCUGGUGGUAGCAGUGAGCGCAGAAGGCUGGCUGCACUUGUUUGACCUGACAUCCACCAAGGCUCUGGAUGCUUCUGGGCACCAUGAGACACUUGGAGAGGAACAGCGACCUGUCUUCAAGCAGCACAUCCCGGCCAACACAAAGGUCAUGCUGAUCAGCGACAUCGAUGGAGAUGGGCGUUAUGAGCUGGUGGUAGGAUACACAGACCGUGUGGUGCGGGCCUUCCGCUGGGAGGAGCUGGCUGACGGGCCUGAACACCUGGCGGGGCAGUUGGUGUCCCUCAAGAAGUGGAUGCUGGAGGGUCAGGUAGACAGUCUCUCUGUGACUCCGGGGCCUCUUGGUGUGCCUGAGCUGGUUGUGUCGCAGCCAGGGUGUGCUUACGCAGUUCUGCUGUGCACCUGGAACAAGGACAAUGGCUCCCCUCCUGCCUCUGAGGAGGCAACAGGAGACAGUAGGGAGACCCCAGCUGCCAGAGAUGUAGUACUGCACCAGACCUCUGGCCGGAUCCACAACAAGAACGUUUCCACUCACCUAAUUGGCAACAUUAAACAAGGUCAUAACCCCGAAGGUGGGAACGCAGGCCUCUUUGCCCUGUGCACCCUAGAUGGGACCCUGAAGCUGAUGCAGGAAGCAGAUAAACUGCUGUGGUCUGUGCAGGUGGAUCACCAGCUUUUUGCCCUGGAGAAGCUGGAUGUCACGGGCAACGGGCUUGAGGAGGUAGUAGCGUGUGCCUGGGAUGGACAGACUUAUAUCAUCGAUCACAACCGCACCGUUGUGCGCUUCCAAGUGGAUGAAAACAUCCGUGCCUUCUGUGCAGGCCAGUACGCCUGCAAAGAUGGCCGCAACAGUCCCUGCUUGGUAUAUGUCACUUUCAAUCAGAAGAUCUACGUGUACUGGGAGGUGCAGCUGGAGCGGAUGGAGUCCACCAAUCUUCUGAAGCUGCUGGAGGCUAAGCCUGAAUACCACAGCCUACUGCAGGAGCUGGGUGUGGAUCCUGAAGAUCUCCCCGCAGUCUGUACCCUGCUUCAUCAGACUCUCUACCAUCCGGAUCAGCCACUACAGUGUACCCCCUCAAGCUUCCAGGACCCCACCUAGCUAGGCUUGACCACUUAGCUGGUGAAGGUUCCUUCUGAGCCCCCAACCCUACCCCAAAGUGAUCCACGAGCUUGGCAGGAUGGGGAAUGUAUAUUACAGAGGAGCAGGACUGGGUUCUCAGCAUGGGUGGAUGGUGGCCCUCUUGAGAGCCUUUGAUGAAGAGAUUGUUGCCCCUCUGCUUGUUGCUCAUGGUCUUCUUCUCAUGCUCCCUGCUCUCAUUGCAGGAAACCGAUUUGUUUGUGAGACAAGAUGGCAAACCUUUGCCAUGAUCCGACACCUGAAAGGCUUCAGGCCUGAGGAGCUGAGGGAGCAUGGAGGUGGCACGGCCCCUGCUGAGUGCUCACUCUCACAGCAUAGUUCCAGGCAGCUGACACAAGCAGUUAUUGCAGGAGUAGAGGAGUGUUUGUUCUUUUAGGGUAUUUCCUGUCUCUCUCAUCUUCCUAUGUUCUUCCAUUUACUGAAGCAACUAGGUCAGGGCUUUCUCAUUUUGUCAUAAUCAGUCUCUCUCCCUGUCUCUUUGGUUUGCUUUGGUUUGUUAGUUUUGUUUUCUAUGUCUGUGUGUGCAGAGGUGGACCCUGGGGCUUUCCCACGCCAGCCAAGCACUCUGCUAGUCAGCUGCACCUAGCACUGCUGUACUCUAAAGUAUUGCACUGCUUGAGAGUCUCACCCACCUGCCUCCCAAACAUUGACUGUCUGUAGGAAGAUAGACACUCAUAGUUUGUCUUACAUGAUGGUGCACCAAUGUACUUCCAGUUCUUGGGAGAAAGAUUAUGAGUCCAAAGCCAGCCAAGGCUCCAUAGCAAGUUUGAGACCUGUGGGUCACAUUUGGAGGUCUUAUCUCAAAUAAACAAAACAGAAGGGCAUUAACAAUCUGGUGCAGCUUUCCAAUGAGUUUAAGGUAGUUGGGUCUGUGAAGUUUUAGACCAGCCAUAGUGUGUGUGUGUGUGUGUGUGUGUGUGUGUGUGUGUGUGUGUGUGUGUGUGUAGUUUAGGCCAUUUAUGUUUUAUUUGCUCAUUAUUCUGUGUGCUCUAAAUAUUUUUCCAGUUAUAAGUAAGAAUCCUUUGGAUUGUGGCUAAAAUUUGUGUGUGUCAUGUGUGCAGAUCCAUUUACCCAUACCCCAUGUGUGGGGGCCAGAAGAAGAUGUCCAGACUCCUUCUUUCUUUCCGUCCAGUUUACUCCCUUGAGACGGGGUGGUGUAUCUCACUGAAUCUGAAGCUUGCUGUUUCAUGUAGCUAGCUGAUCACUAAGACAACUGGUCUACCUGUGUCUGUAUCACACAGUACUAGGGUCAUAAGCAUGCGUGCGUGCAUGUGUACCUGUGUCUGUAUCACACAGUACUAGGAUCAUAAGCAUGCGUGCGUGCGCGUGUGUGUGUGUGUACCUGUGUCUGUAUCACACAGUACUAGGAUCAUAAGCGUGCGUGCGUGCGUGCGUGCGUGCGUGUGUACCUGUGUCUGUAUCACACAGUACUAGGAUCAUAAGCAUGCGUGCGUGCGUGCGUGUGCGUGCGUUGCCUGUAUUUAUGACUGUGUAAGAGUGUCAGAAGCAGCCCUGGAACUGAAGUUACAGACAGACAGACAGAUGUGAGCUGCUGUUUGGUUCUGGGAGUUGAACCCUUUUGCAUGGGUGUUAGUCUCAGAUCCAGGUUCUCAGGCUUGCAUGGCAAAUGCUCCUCCCCACUAAGCCAUCUCCCCAGGGCUUUUGAACUAAGUGAAUAGAGUAAAUAAAGAACAUGGAGAAUGUCAGAGUC